AAAGUGGCCUAUUGUGGAGAGCUUAAUCGGGUUAUUAGAUUAGCCAUGUGCUAAAACUCCCUUACGCACAUGGUUGAAAUUGAAACGGAAUUGAUGUCGUCGGCGGGUACGGACGACGACAGUUUCUUCCCGUUCGACCGUUUGUUACAGCAGAAGCCCCACCUCUCUCAUCAAACCACCGCAGCCGUCGUUAUCUUACGCUCAUGAAACUACUUUGCCCCCUUCAUUUAACCCUAACUUACUUUUCCAAAUCUGAUUCGCUUUACUCACCCAAUCAACUUUUUCCCAUGAUUUUAAGUGAUCGAUUCCAUACGCAUGUUUGGUGUCGCUUCAAAACCCCGUUUCUCGCCCCUAAAUUUCGAUUUAUUUACCCUAGGGUUUCGAUCCGGUUCGCCGAGGUUUUUGUCUCUUCGGGGUGAUUCCGGAGGUGAGGAAAUGGAAUUUGUUCGGAAAUUGGGGGGAAGGUGUUGUUUUGUUCAGUCGAGGAAGAAGAACCAUAAAGUGGAAGUGAUCGAGUCCGAUAAUAAUGUUGCUAGCGGUGAAGAUGUUUUUGACGCGGUGUCUGCCGGAGCCAUGGUUCCACCUGAUCACCUUGUAAUCAUGGUUAAUGGGAUCAUUGGCAGUGCUGCAGAUUGGAGAUAUGCUGCUAAGCAGUUUCUCGAUAGGCUUCCUGAUAAAGUUAUUGUUCACUGCAGUGAAUGCAAUUGUUCAACCUUGACUUUUGAUGGUGUUGACCGAAUGGGUGAAAGGUUAGCUGAAGAGGUAAUAGAAGUUGCCAAAAGGUGGCCUGAAGUGUCCAAAAUCUCAUUUGUAUCACAUUCAUUAGGUGGUUUAGUCGCCCGAUAUGCAAUUGGAAUUCUUUAUGAAAAAAAUUCACAACAAAAACAGUUUUCAGAAUCUAAAAUUGCCACUUUGCAACCAAUCAACUUCAUUACAGUUGCAACUCCACAUCUUGGUUCUAGAGGACAUAAACAGCUUCCUUUACUUUGUGGUCUUCCGUUUCUUGAAAAACGGGCCCCACAAACAGCUCAUUGGUUAGUUGGGAGAUCAGGUAAGCAUCUUUUUCUUACGGACAAUGAUGUUGAGGGACAGCCACUUCUCCUUCGAAUGGUUUAUGACUCUGAAGACAUGAAGUUCAUGUCUGCGUUAAGAUCUUUCAAGAGACGUGUGGCUUAUGCUAAUGCCAACUAUGAUCACGUGGUUGGGUGGAACACAUCAUCAAUUCGUCGACAACAUGAACUUCCAAAGCCAAACCUUCUUGUAAAGGAUAAGAAGUAUCCACACAUUGUUUAUGUUCAGCCUGAAUCUGAUGACAUCAUCAAGAAUGAAGGGACAUCUUCUGUAGGUGUACCUCAAACUUUAGAAGAGGAGAUGCUUCGAGGUCUUACUCAAGUACCUUGGGAACGUGUUGAUGUUAGCUUCCAUAAAAGCACACAACGAUAUAUUGCACAUAGUACUAUUCAGGUGAAAAGCUACUGGUUAAAUUCAGAUGGAGCAGAUGUGGUUCUUCAUAUGAUUGAUAAUUUUGUUCUUUAGCAUACGGUUUAUCCCUUUUAGUACUAUUUUAAAAAGGGCAUUUAUGUCUUUUUGUGUAGAGUUGUUUAAUGAUCGAUUUUGUAAUUACUCAUAUAACUAGACUAAGGGGCUGUUUGGUAGAAACUAAAUGGUCUAAUUAAAAAGUAUUAAACACACCUCCUAAGAUCCUUGACUUUUAUUUGUAAGU